AUGCAAAAUAGUCAACCAUUAGCUAGUUACAAACCAUUAUAUUUUUGGACUCAAAUGCCAAAUGAUGUUCAUUAUUCAUCAUCAUGUUGUGCAUUCGUAUUGUUCAUGUACCAUCUCAUGCACAUUCGAUGGAAAGUGGCGAAUCUAGGAGAACUUAAAAUUAUGCAAUACAAUGAAUGUCCCCUCAAUAAAACUCUGAAGCAACAUCAGUCAUUAAUUUCCACGAAAGAUUUUCAUUUAAUGGAGCUCCCGAAAAAACCUUUUCUUACAAAUUUAUCACCACCCCGAGAGGGUCCAGGAAAGGAUUGA